CCCGCCCGCCAUAGAGACGCCACGCGGCUAGAGAGGCCUCCGGCGCCUUCUGCGCGAUUGUGGCUGGAAUCCUAGCAACCGAGGGCAACGACGCGGUGCCCCUGUCGGAGGGCGACCUCUGUGAGUCUGAACGCGCCGGGGGCUGACUGGUGACCCUGGCCGCGAAGUGGGGCGUCAGCAGACAGCCAGCAAGAGGACGCGACCCUCAGGGGCUAGGACCUGCGAGGGACAGCGCCGUGGUCGUCACGGGGCGAGACGAGAUGGGAUCCCCAGCGCGGCGAUCCGGCCCAUCCCCGACCCCGCGCGGGAGAGCUCGCAUCCUCCCGAGAGAGCUGAAGGGAGCCGCCGGAGGGCCGGGCGCUAGGGCUCCUGUGACAGCGGAGAUUAAACAGCUGAGGGCUGCAAGAGUCAGCACCAGGGGGGUGUGCGACCUCCGGACGCCCCGCACCCCGCAGAAGCGUUGGGACCGCGGGGCGACGCCCGGGUGGGAAGUCCCCGCCUCUGGACGCUGUGCCCGCGAUCGGCCGACCGCUGCCACCAGCCCGUGCUCCUCGGUCUUCACCCUCAGUGACCUGCAGAGAUGCACUAGUGGGCGCCUCGAUCCUGAGAGCGUGUUUGCUGAGACCGGCGCAAGUUCCCCUCCACCAUCGGCAUAUCUUAUACUUCUCCAUCAAUGCCUGCCGCCAGAGAAACUAACGAAGAGGGAGAAGAGACUGAAAGGAAAGGUUGUAGUGGCCCUGAGGAAACGGAACGACCAAAUCCAAGAAGCUCAGAUGAGGCAGCACUGGCUGCUGGAGGAAAACAGGCAGCUGCAGAAGGAAAAGGUCCUCGUGGAGGCUGAAAGCAAAUCCAUUCUGGACUACCUGACUGAAAACAGUAAGCACCGGGAGAGAAAGUGUGAGGAGCUGUGGAAAGAGUAUUUCCAACAAUACCAGGAGCUGGAACGGAGGAAACAAGAAUUAGUCUCCAGAUAUGAGAAAGAAACCUCAGAGCUGAAAUCUCAGCUCUUGCGGGGGGAAAAGGUCCAGUACAAAUUGGAGCAGUGGUUGCAGGCUCUGAGGAAUAUUGCCACCAUCCAGGAGAGACAGGACAGGAGAAUACAGACCUUGCAGGAGCAGAUAGAGAGGGUCCCAGCCGAGCUGCACGUGAAGGACCGGGAGGCACACUUCCAGUUCCUCCAGCAUAAAGCCCUCCUGGAGCAAGAAAUCAAAGAGUUGGACCUGGUGUGGAAGCAGUUAGGGGAGAGAAAAAGAGGGAAGCUCCCCGGGAAAGCCCAGGCCUUGGAGUACACAGCACAGAAGUCUCAUUUUGAAUUCUGCCGCGGCCUCUAUAGAGAAAACCAGCAAGUGAGGAAGAAAUUAAAGCCACUCCUUCAGGAAGCCCAGAAACUGGAAGCUAUUCAGAGCCAGUUAGAAAACCAGAAGCAGCAGCUCAAGCAGAGGCAGUGGUACCAAGAAUCCAUAAUGAGGGGGAGGCGCCAACUGCAAUCCAGGAGGGACUGGAGCCCCAAGGAACAGGGUGCUCUGAAGACCACACUGCACCCUCCCCUAGACUCCAAGCCAACAUCCAAAGGGAUCCCGAAAGUAACAGAUGAAAUAAGAACUGGACCCUAGACACUAGAAAACCCUCUAAGGAAUUAGACUGAAUACUCCUAGGGUAAAAUAUUUUUGAGUCUUGUGCCAUCUAUUGCUCCGGCAGCACCUGAUAUUCUAAGAGGACAAAGUUAUAUAAUUAUACCAAGGACUAUACAGGACUUUUAGGGGACUUAGUUAUCCUUACAUGUGUAUGCUAGCAUUUACAAAGGACCUUUUGUCAUUUAUAUAAUCAUAUUUAUGCCCAUUUAAUAGAACUGAGCAUCAUAUUUUAAAUUAUUACAGACUUUUAUUGAUUCAAGUUGUACUUUUUGCAUUUUAUGGCAGCUGGAAGCUAGACCAGUGAUUUACUGGAAUGUGAAUCUUGGUACAGCUCAGUGUAUUUUGAUAUUUUAACAUUGCCCCUCUGUGGAAAGAUAGACUCAACCAUGCUUUGCAGAAAAGGUUAGUGAUGAAAAACCUCACAAUAAAUUUGUGAAUUGUCAUUCUUAUUUCUAGGUAAAAUGAAUUUAUUGAAAACUGGACUAAAAAGACUUACCCUUCCAUGUGCCUUUCACUCCUAGCUUUAAUAUUUUUUGUUAAAUAUAUGAUUUCUUUGUGUUAUUAAAAAAUAAAAGCCUACUUCUGGUUAUAAUUUAUCCAUUGA